AGAAGAAGAAGGCGGUGGCAACGACCUCCCUCCCUUUUCUUUACAUAUUUAUAGCAAGAGCGAGAAAGAGACACACGUACAACAGAGCGGAGGAGAUGGAAAGGGCUGCCGUGUCCGCUGCGGUGCCGUGGAAGGGCCACUGCUUUCCAAUCGUGAGCUUCUUGCACGUUCCGGGAAAAAUGUCGAAGCCGCUGUGGCUCAUGAUGGGCACUGCCUUUCCCUUCGAGACGCCAUCCAGUGGCUCCUCGUCCCCGCAGCUGCUCCUCACCGCCAAGCACACCUUCGCCCCGUGGGACUACGCCAAGGAUGCAUCGCAGAUGAAAAUUCCAGCGGACUACCGCAAACUGCGUUUUGUCGUUGGCUGCAUCUAUCGGCCCAACGAGGAAGGGCAGUCGGUGGCGUCCGAGAAGGUCGGGCUGCGACUGGUGUCUCAGCAUCCACAAUUGGACGUGGCCGUAGUUGCGGUAGACGACAAGGGCGACGUCAAAACACCUAGCGUCACCACAGCCGCCACAGCCACGAUGGCUUCGUCACCGUCGAGGGCGGUCUUUAGUUCCCCGCUGCCCCUGUGCACGACGCGCUACCCCGCAGCUGCCGACGGUCUCCUUCUGGGCUACCGCGGCAUGGAGCGUCUAGGAGAGUUGGACACCUUGGACCCGUCGCUGCUGCAGCGUCUGUCGCCGGGUGAGCGCGACGCGUUGUUGGUAGACUUACAAGACAUCGAGGGCAAACAAAUCCGCGCAAGCACCACAGUCUCUAUUCUAGAUGAGAGGGGAAUGUGCAAGGGCACCGGUGAUCGUGCCACGUGCUUUCACGGCAUGUCCGGUGGUCCCCUGCUGACCACCUCCGGCACCUGUGCGGGCGUGCUCUACGGACACCACCCGGACGCCCCCGGCUGUCUUGGCUACACCCCAUGUGCCGACUUUGCAGAAUGGCUCGCUGGCGUCGUGCAGCGUGUCUCGCAGAGAAAUGAGGAGGCUUGA